UACACACACGCCGCCGCCAGCGCCACACGGCGAUCUCGCAGAGGACUCGAGGCUAGCCCCGCUGGGCCCUGCCGCCGCUGCCGCGGACGCGAGGGAUGCCUGCGAAGGAUCCUCCUCCUGCCUCUUGAGUGAAGCGGGGUUUUCUCCCAGUCCCCGGGCCGCGCUGCGCCCCACCCCCGGCGCCCGUCAGCCAGCCUAGAAACGGCCUCGCUCGCCACCAGAGGAGGAUGCAUGUGUUUGGCAGGGAGACAGGCGCCGCCGCCGCUCGCGCUCUUAGUCGCUCCGCCGCCUGCUUUCCGGCAACGCUCGCCUUGCUUUGAUUCCUGUGAGCAGAGAGGCGCAGCAGCAGCAGCAGCGGGAGGCUCCCUCCCACCCCCCGCUAGGUGCCGCUUGGGCUCGGGCACCCUUGGCGGCGCUCGCUUCUCCUCCUCCUCCUCCUCCAGCCGCGUCUUUGCGCCUGCCUCGCCAGCCCCACAGACGGCCAGCUCCCUUCUGCUGAGCACCACCAGCGCCCGGCUCGUCUCGACGCUGGCCCUACUUGCAGAGCGUCACCUCCUUGCUCCCUGCCCCAGCCCUGACCAUGAUGGACCUGAAGGUGGACGAAGAGGAGGUGGAGAACGGGCAGCCGAUCAGCAUCGAGGCGUUUGCCAGCAGCUCCACGCUGCACGGCCUGUCCCACAUCUUCUCCUACGAGCGCCUCUCCGUCAAGCGCAUCUUCUGGACCCUCUGCUUCCUGGGCUCCUUGGCCCUGCUGGUCUUUGUAUGCAACGAGAGGAUCCAGUACUACUUCCUCUACCCGCACGUCACCAAGCUGGACGAGGUGGCGACCACCCACAUGACCUUCCCUGCCGUCACCUUCUGCAACCUCAAUGAGUUUCGCUUCAGCCGGGUGACCAAGAAUGACCUGUACCACGCUGGCGAGCUGCUGGCCCUCCUCAAUAACAGAUUUGAGAUCCCGGAUGCCCAAAUGGCUGACGAGAAACAACUGGAGAUCCUUCAGGAGAAGGCAAAUUUCCGCAACUUCAAACCCAAACCCUUCAACAUGCUCGAGUUCUCUAGCCGUGCUGGGCACGACAUCCAGGAAAUGUUGCUCUCCUGUUUAUUCCGUGGGGAGCCAUGCUCGCAAGAGGACUUCAAAGUGGUAUUUACACGCUAUGGAAAGUGCUACACAUUCAACUCAGGUCAGUCUGGAAAGCCACCACUCCUCACCAUGAGGGGAGGAACUGGUAAUGGCUUGGAGAUCAUGCUGGACAUUCAGCAGGAUGAAUAUCUUCCUGUCUGGGGAGAGACAGAUGAGACCUCAUUCGAAGCUGGUAUUAAAGUGCAGAUCCACAGUCAGGAUGAGCCACCCUUCAUUGACCAGCUGGGAUUCGGAGUGGCACCCGGCUUCCAGACCUUUGUGUCCUGCCAAGAGCAGCGGCUUAUCUACCUUCCCCCACCCUGGGGGGACUGCAAGUCAGUGACAAUGGAGUCUGAAUUCUACGAUACCUACAGCAUCACAGCCUGCCGUAUAGACUGCGAGACCCGCUACCUGGUGGAAAACUGUAACUGCCGCAUGGUCCACAUGCCUGGUGAUGCCCCCUACUGCACCCCUGAACAGUACAAAGAGUGUGCAGACCCAGCCCUUGACUUCUUGGUGGAGAGGGACAAUGCUUACUGUGUGUGUGAGAUGCCUUGCAACGUCACCCGCUAUGGCAAGGAGCUCUCCAUGGUCAAGAUCCCCAGCAAGGCAUCUGCCAAGUAUUUGGCCAAGAAAUACAACAAGAGUGAACAGUACAUCGGGGAGAACAUCCUGGUCCUGGACAUUUUCUUUGAGGCUCUGAACUAUGAGACCAUUGAGCAGAAGAAAGCAUAUGAAGUGGCUGGACUUCUGGGUGACAUUGGGGGACAGAUGGGGCUGUUCAUCGGAGCCAGUAUAUUAACUGUGCUUGAGCUCUUUGACUACGCCUAUGAGAUUAUUAAGUUCCGCCUCUGUCGCCGUGGCAAGUGCCAGAAGAAACACAACGGCAACAACAGUGACAAGGGUGUGGCCCUGAGCCUGGAUGAUGUGAAACGCCACAAUCCAUGCGAAAAUAUCCGAGGCCACCCGGCGGGCAUGACGUAUGCAGCCAACAUCCUACCUCACCACCCAGCCCGAGGCACCUUUGAGGACUUUACCUGCUAACUGACGACUGGAUGUACAACCAACACUACCAAAGGGAAGGGUCCGUGCUGAGCAGCCCUGGCCCAGCCCAGCCCACGAACCUGCCAACCGACUUGUCAGGGCCUCUAUCUCAGACUCCCAGGGGAGGCUGCUGAAUCCAGCCCCUCCUCAUCCUCCCGCCCCAGGCCAAGGCAGUGAUACGCACACAGAGCAAGCUGGACAGAGGUGGGGGUCUGUGCUGCCAGGUCCCACUCCCGUUUCUCUCUUGUCUAAGUGAUGCCCUUGGACUUCUAACUCAACAGAAGAACUGCCAGGAGAACCUUCUGGAACUUCAAGCGGAGGCAAGGGCACAGCCUUCUCCAGUCCACACAAACACACCAUCUGACUGUCUGUAUGUCCCUCCAUCUGUCUCCAUCCUGCUCCAUGUCCACAGCAAGCCUUGCUUGGGGGCGGCCAUCUUGUGUGAAGGCCUCUCCCUUUUAAUCUUGAUGCCAAGAAGAACCUACAGGAGUGCCAGCCAGGCUGUUCCCCCACCAUGUUCCAUUUGUAGGGACUGCUUUGCCUAUCCAAAGGAGGUGCUGCAUCAGUUCCCUUCCCCGCCCCCACCGACCCCCAUUGCUGUCUAUUGUGGAAGAACACAGCCAAGGCGUUUCCUGUAGCAAGACUGUGACUGAACCAUAUGAGCCACUUAAACAGGGCGUGUUAUCAUCUGCUUGUCUCAUUCCAGCUUCCUAUGUGGCCCAGCCUGGAUUCCUCUCUGGGUCUGAGCCUUGUCCCCACUGUAUGAGAGAGGCAGAUGAAUGAAUGGUGGGUGCGCUAUUCCAAAGCUUAGAAAAUCAGCGUAAUGAGCUGCCUCUCACUCCCACCCCAACCCACCCUGCAUGUUCUUAGGGGUUAUGUGAAAAAUUCUCAAGUUUUAAGGUUCAGGGAGAAGGCUGUUGUUUCUCGGAAUCUGCAGUGGGAAAGAAAACAAGAUUGUUUUGACCGAGACUCACUGCAGGGUCCCUCAACUGGUGAAGGAGGAGAGAGCAAGCUGCUUUCAGGUUUUUGAUAAAGGGUGUGGUCCAAGGUUUCCUCUUUACCUCCCACGGUAACUUGGCAACCUUUAGCCCAGUCCUGCAGGCACUCACCGCACAGAAGGGCAGGUCUGAUCCAUCCCAGUUCCUGCCUGCUGGACUCAACACUAAGGCUUGAAGGAACAAAAUGAACUGGUAGGCAAGUGUUCUGCUUAAGUGCGAUGCAGAAAACGUGUUGGUCCUUCAUUUCAGUGGGCAGACAUAGUGCAUCUGACCUAUCAGCCAGACUGUGAUAAGGCAAAACCCCAACACAGGAAGCAAAUAGACACUGUUGAUGCAGAACAUUUCCCUCUUGUUCAUCAUCCACAUGGACAGAAAUGAAGAUCAGUUCAGAGAAGUGAAGGUGUCUCUCUUGGAAGUCUUGGCAAAACACGUCCUGGGUUUCACCUCAUGCAGAAAGCCAGGACCUAUUUGGCAACAUGAUGCAGUCUGAUUGUGAGUGGGCAGGUCAACAGAUUUGCAGUGGAGUCCCCCAGCCAUUGUAUGCAUAGGCAAAAUGGAACGCUCUCUUGGGAAAGGAAAUGUUGUUGGCUGAGAGAUGGGAGGCCUGAGCAAAGCCAUGAAGCAGUAGGAGAUUGCAGGCUUUCUCUGUAAUCUUGUAUCCAGCCUGCCUUGGCCAACUGCACAAUGCCAAACCCGAGUAAGGCAGAGAAGGAGGCAGAGUGCAGUAGCAGUUAGAACUCACCGCAAGUAAUGGAGGCAUUAGCCUCUCCCCAAAGAGGCUGUCUCUUGUUCCUGACUCUUACCCUUGAAUAAACACCAUUCAGAACCAUGACUUUUUUGAGAGAGAAGGGGAACCAAAGCCAAUGUUAUCCAGAGAAAGUCCAGCCACACAGCCUAACAAUAGAAAUGAUGCCACUGUUGGUGAACGAGGGUACUUUGUCUUACUGAGAAGGGGAGGCGGGCCCAGGGUUUGGUUCUACAAAAUGAAUCGGAAGUGAGCUUGUCCAGCCAGCUGUGCUGAGAGGAAGGAUGUGGAUCACCAGGUCUUACUGGGUGUAGAAAACUUUUGGGGACCUCAGAAUUUCGGGAGAAUUUCAGGGUAAGAAAAAGUGUGUGAAUCACUGGGUCUUGCUGGGCAAGAGAAAGCUCCUUCAGAAUUUUGAAUCUGAAGAUAGUUUGAUGUGGUUGGGGAUUGGGACUUGGGCAGCCAGGGCAAUCUCUCCCCAACGUGCCCCUAAGCGUUGGUGGUGGUGAUCUCCUUGCAUUCUUCCUUUCUACUGGUGGAUCCACUGGGGCUGGCCACCCUCCAAGCAAUUCCUUUAAUGGAGCCAUGUGUUUAGAUCCUACCAUGUGGCAGGAAAUUGGACCUCUGCUCCCCCACGCCUUAUGAGCCAAAGGGUGUAAAGAGAAAAGAGGGACUAGGGCAGAAAGUGAAAUCAUUUAACCCCCUUGGUUUAACAGAAGGGCUGACAAAACAUCCCCUACAGAAUCCCAGGUGGCUGUCCUCAGCUCCACGGGAACCCUGGGCCUUGGUGGCAUAUAGACACCCACUAGGAGAAAUGCCUGUCGGACUGUUUUGGUGCUUGGAUGCCACUUGAGGGUGAGUUGCCAGAUGGGGAUAGGCCCAUUUUUUGUGUUUUCACUUGUAGAGGAAACUAGCCCCCUUCCAACCUGGGCCCACAGCGUCUAGUGCCUGUCCCAGUCCCUGGCACGGUCCAGCCUCUCCCUCAACAUUAAUCUAGAUAUGCUGCAUGUGCAGCCCCCAGGGCCAAAGUUCUCCUUAUCUUUAAGAGCUUUUGCAAUAAAAUCUCAUCACUUUUUUAAAAAAAAGUUUUAUUUUCUUUUGAUCCAUAUUAUUUGAGGGCUUGCUUUGGGUUUGUUUGCUUAUUUAGGGUAUUUUGUUUGUUUGUUUGUGUUUGGCCUCCUCAAUGAAACAAGGCCCUGAUUUCCCAAAGAGACUAUAACUCCUCCAUCACCAUGGCCAGAAGAGUUUCCCAUUGAUUUUUGCCUUGCUUUGAAGGGUUUGUUUCGUUUUCUUUUCUUGAUUUCUACUUUUCCGCUUGAAAGCUUUUGAAGAUAGGGCUUAAAUUUGACCCCUUUUUUAAUUUGUCCAUUUUUACUACUUCAUGCUCAUUUUAUAUUUCUUAUAUAUAAAAUAUAUGAUAUAUAUUAUUAUAUAUAUAUAUAUGUACAUAUAUAUAUAUAUACACACACACCUCUAUAUGCGCCAUAUCAGUGUAUAUAACCAUCCAGUAGCAUCAAAAGCCUUGAUAUUGUGCCAUUUUUUUUCAACUACUGAUCUCUGAAUGCCUUCAAGUGUAUAAAGUGUUGAAUUAUCUCUGGUAUCUGUACUAUGUACACAUUUUCAUAGGAAGCACAAGAAGAUGACAAAUGCAUUGUAUAUCAAAACUUGCUCCUCUUAACAAUGAUAUAAAGGAUGAUAUCAAACAUGGAGACUUGGCCUUUUCCUCCUUAGGUGUACUACAAAAUCUGUCCUGGUUAGCAUUCAUCCUUCUUUUAUUUGGCUUUACAACACGUCCUCAACUUAAAAGAUGCUCCAAGGUAAGGUGAAUGCCACUUAAGACAUUUGCCACCUUGUUUCAGCUUUACGACUGUGUUUCACCUUUACAGCACUCACCACAGGAGGGGAGGUUGUGCUAGAUGGCUGCUGUUGUGUGCGCUGGAGGAGGACGCACCAGUGGUGGUUCAGGCUCACAUUGUCAUCGAGAGUGGCAGUCCUGUUGCAUCUGGGGCUGCAGAGAGAUUGGCUGACUCACCUGUUCAAGACUCCCUCUGCUGCUUCAAACAAUGACUCCAGUUAUGAGAGGAAAGUUUUUCUCUAUCCACUGUCUCCUCACCAUUUAUAAUGGUAUAAACUUUUAGCAUGUCUCCCAUUUGUUGUCUUUUUUCUGAAGUGAAAAUCUCCAGCCUCUCUCUCUUUUCCUCAUGAGGAAAAUACUCCAAUCCCUUGGUCAUUUUAGUUGCCCUUUAUUGUGCACCCCCACCCCCAGGUCUUUUUUGAAAUGGAAUCAGAACUGUGCAUUUGUUUUGGGAAACCCAGAUGGCUUCCCUCAAAGUAGAUAGUGCUUCUACCUUCACUAGUAAUGAGUGACACAAUUCCCCCAUCCAAUAUUUUUGAACUUUUUUUACAUUUUCUUUUCCCCCACCCCACCCCAACUUGUUAAAAAAAACUUAUUUAGAAGCAAAGAGCUUCCUUGCAGUACCUUUCAUGCUCCUGAAAAAUCCCUUUUUAAGAAAACAUCAAAAAUUGGCAAACCUCUAUUACAGAAACAGCUUGUCUUGGAGCUGCAGGCAGCACCCCUCUGUGUGCUUUAGAGUUGCAGGCUUGCAACCUUCAUCUUGGCUACUUGAGCUCAUGGGAUCAUGAAUUCUGCAUAUGCCCAUAUUUGGCAAACUAUGCAGUUUGGUUGCUUGGCACAAGCAAACAUGGGGCAACACUGCCCAAGGUCAAGAUAGCAAACAGCCACAGAGAGCCCCACCCCCCGAUGGCCUCUAUUUGCAAAAAAGGGAGGAAGCUAGCAAGCAGACUCAGGUCAAAGAGACCUAUACAAGCAAAAUAAUCACAUUCACAACUACUCAGAUAAGCAUGGCACACCCCUAGCCUCCUAUCACUGUGUUAAUGAGCUGGCUUGGACCCAGAGGUAGGAUCAUUAACAGAAAAAGAAACCUAUCUAUCCCUCAGGAAGAGAUGCCCCGGUCUUCGAUAUGGCUUUUGAGUUCACCCAUACAGUACCCUACACACACCUCCCCACCAGCCAUCCCAGCUUUUUGUUUCUUAAAUAUCACACCCACUUGAAUGAUUCAUGUAAACAUUAGCUUCUUUGUUACACAUAAGUUUAAGCCCCUGCAGUCAGGAUGCUUGACUUAUGCAUUGCCUCAGGAUAUGUUUCUGAGUACAAAAACCCCUGGGCCAGCCACAUGAACUGGGGACCAGACCAAGAGACAGAUUUGGAAUGAAACUCCACAUGGAUCUUUGUGCUGCUGGUUCUCAAGGGUUCGAGUUGUAGUGCUCUGACCCUCCCUUCUUCCCUCUUUUCUGCUGCCUUCUGCUUGCAAGGAAGUCUACCUGCAUACUCCAACCUGCAAGUGUAACCAACACACCAACGGAUCAGGACCGGUAAUACUAAUCACCUAUCCCUUUAAAUCUCCUUGCUCCCUUCUCUCUCCUCUUUAAAUCUAUGUUUUGGUCCUUUCUCAAGCAAAGCCUUAAGCUAAUUUAUUGACAAUUCAGACCUUAAGCUAAAAUGUCUCUAUGUGAGACACUAGUUAAUACCGUUAGUUAAGAUUUUGUUGCCUCCUCACCUUGCCUAAUCAAUCUUUUCUCUUCCUGUACCCUGAUAACCCCUAAAUAAAUCCGAUUGCACCACA